AUGGAUCCGCGAAAACCUAUGUAUCCUUUGCCAGACUUUACACAAAGGCCGUCAUCUAAGACACAGCCGACUCCAUUCGCCCCAAUGCGACCGAUAGUGAUGCGGCCGAUAUUGCCCAACGGAGCCGAAAACUACUUUUCACCGCUGCCGAUGACGACUCGGCGAAUGCGACCACAAUAUUCGCCAUUGCCGAGUCCGACACGUCGAAGAACACAAUCGCUGCCAACUGGAUUGUCUACCAUGGAUAGUCAAGAAAAUUCAAGUUGGUCUUCGUCAUCAGCAUCAUCGUCGGACAGUUUGCAUUCAGUUGGCAAUAGAAGAACACCAUCGCCGCCACACCCGCCUUUUUCAUACAGCAGCAGUGGUUCACCGAUACCAACAUCGAGGCGUACGCUGGGAACACAGUUUCCGUCGCCAAGUCGAACACCUCCUGGGUCACCACCGCCGUCGCCAAGUCGAACACCUCCCGGGUCACCACCGCCGUCGCCAAGUCGAACACCUCCCGGGUCACCACCACUAGGAUCUCUGAGAUCGUCGAUUAGUGAAUCUUCCACUCAGUCGAUACCAACAAACAGACAGUAUUGGGAACCGCCAAAACUUAUAUACGAUCCCGAUCAUCCAGAGUUUAGAGGACAAGGUCGUGGACAACUUGAACGCCGACAGGUCACACAAAUACCGGGCGAUCCAUUUUGGGGCGGUUGGCGGGGAUGGGAUAUGUGGGACAAAGUAGGCAAAAAAACACGCAAACGAGCUUUUCAGUAUAAUCCUGCUGAUCCACCAAAUCGUUUUCCAGACGAUGUGGCCAUAGAAGAUCCCUUUAGGACUGAUCCCACAUCCGAUCGAAUGAACAGAUUUGAGGAGUCAGGUCUUCAUAGUUAUUGGGCGCCGAAUGAAGCGGAAGAGAGUGUACAUCGCGUACGCGAACCGGCAGCCUUUCGUCGGGCGCCGUUCCCGAUGCCGACCAGUGAUACCGACGCUAGCCGUCGCAAAAGUUUAGGUCAACGGCUAUCACGUUUCGGUUCGCGAACCAAAAAACUUUUCAGUAGAAAUCGUAGACACAGUCAAACAUCAACAACUGAAACCAAUCCGACGGAUUUGUUGGAUGAUAUACCAGAAGAAUCACUAGAAGGUACUCAUUCGCGGACACAAUCGAUGAGUUCGCUGGGAACACAGUUUUCGUCAACGAGUGGACAAACUCGACAACAAAGAUCAUCAAAAGGCAGAGAUUGUGUCUGUAGGUGUCGACGAAAACCCUGUUUAUGCCGCUGUGGUUUCGAUUUAUGA